AUGCAGAUGACGAACGAAGACGCUGCCUUUGGUAUGGUGAACAAAGAUUACUAUUCCAUUUUGGGAAUUAAUCGAUGGGCUACGGAGGAGGAAAUCAAACGUGCUUAUAAACAAAAAGCGUUAAAACAUCAUCCAGAUAAAAAUCGUGAUGAUGUCGACGCUGAACGAAAAUUUACCGAGAUCAGCGAAGCCUAUGAAAUGCUGUCCGAUCCUCAAAAACGCGCCAUUUAUGAUCGCUUUGGCUUGGACGAUGCGCGAAACUCACCCUAUGGUGACUUUCGUUCUAAUUUUCGUUAUCCAUAUUCAACCGGUCAUUAUCAAUCAUCAUUUGCCACUAGUUCAACAUAUGAUCCAGCUAAUAAUCACUAUAUUAAAUAUAAAGACCCAACGACAUUCUAUGACCUUUACGUAACAUUAGAUGAAGUUCUAAACGGAGCAACUAGGAAAUUGAAAGUCACGCGUAAUCGAUACAAAGCUGAGUUACAUACGACAGUUAAGGAUGAAAAAGUUUUAGAAAUUCAGAUAAAACCGGGAUGGAAAGAAGGAACAAAAAUCACUUUCGAAAAUGAAGGUGAUGAAGGUGAUCAAUAUACAAUAGCAGGUGAUAUUGUCUUCAUUAUUCGUGAUAAACCACAUCCAUUAUUCGAACGCUCAAAUUCAGAUAUAAUCUUUCGAGUGAAAGUCACAUUAAAACAAGCAUUACUUGGCACAUUAUUAGUCAUACCUUUCCUUGAUUCGACAAAACCAUCCUAUCAAUUACGAACUUAUCAAGAGAUUCUCACACCACAAACAGAAAAACGGUUUCCUAAUGAAGGUUUACCAUACGCGAAAGAUACGACAAAACGUGGUGAUCUCAUCGUUAAAUUUGAUAUUCUCUUUCCAAAAUUACUUCUUAAUGAACAACGUACACUUGCUAAUUGUUGUUUUUCUAAUUCAAUAGAUGCUUAUCAAGCGUGUGAUUCCGUACUUCAUACAACAGUCGUUGACCAAACGCAACAACAACAACAACAACAAGAAAAACAACAGUCGACGUCUCCUCCGACAAUAACAUCAUCUCCUAAAUCUCAGUCGUCAACUCGUAGUAACACUAAUGAUAAUCAUCACCAUCAUCAUCAUCAUAAAUCGCAUCAUCGACGUCAAAAAUCGCCGACAUCAUCUUCAAGAACAACACCUGUACGCACAGCUCCGCCCAUACCACCACGACCCUCACCUACAGCUCUUACAGAACUACAUGUUAAUGAGACUGUCUUUUGA